AUGAUGGCAUCCCAUGGGUUGAAGAAGCUGACCUGUAAAGAUCUGCGCUCUUAUCUGCGCACACUUUCACAUUCUGACCUUGAUACACUUUACUGUCAUCCAGCAACAUGUCUAGCAGUGUUCAGAGAUUUGCCAGAACUGUCCAGGUACUAUGUCAUGCGAAUUUUGUUUGUGGAACAAGCUGUGGCACAGGCAGUGGUUCAGCAAUGGAGUACGGCACCAGUUGUCGAACAGUUGGAAGCAGCGGCGGCCUUGGUAGAGCUUCGAGUUUGGUUUGAACAACCCCUUCCAGGUGGCAUGCCUGGAUGGAUCCUAAAUCCUGUAUUUAGAGCCAAUUUCAGGACAGCAUUGUUGGGAGGAGGUGCCCCAUGGAUUGGACACAAGGAUCUGACACCAGAUAAAUACUCAAAAGACAUUCCUUUUUUGGACAAAUAUGCACUGGACAGAUGGGAGUGUGUGCUGCAUUUCAUGGUUGGCUCAACCGAGGGAACAGAUGGAGUUAACAAAGACAUCACAGAUGUGUUACUGCACAGUGGGCUCAUGGCCAUAGAUGAAGGAGAACCGUCAAUCACAGCGGAAGGAUUCCAGUUUUUGUUGCUGGACACAUCGUCCCAGGUGUGGUUCUUUCUGCUACAGUAUCUGGAGACUGUUCAGUCUCGAAAUCUCAGUCUGGUUGAAUGCCUGACGUUUUUGUUUCAACUGAACUUCUCCACGCUCGGCAAGGAUUACUGCACAGAGGAGAUGAGUGAGAAUCAGCUGCGGUUUCUGCAACAUUUACGGGAGUUUGGCUUGGUGUACCAGAGAAAGCGGAAAUCUCAUCGCUAUUACCCAACACGGCUUGUUGUAAAUAUCGCAUCUGGCUUAUCAAAAACAAACAUCGACACUCAUCGACCUGGUUUUAUAGUCGUGGAAACGAACUACAGAAUCUAUGCCUACACAGACUCUCCCCUGCAGGUGGCGCUGCUGGCCUUGUUCAGUGAAACAUUGUACAGGUUCCCAAAUAUGUUGGUCGCAAAUUUAACUAGGACAAGUGUUAGAGCAGCACUAGCAAGGGGCAUAACUGCUGAACAGAUUCUUCAUUUCUUGAGAAGUCAUGCUCACCCGGAGAUGUUGAAAAAUAACCCAGUUAUUCCAGCCACAAUCAGCGACCAGAUCAAACUGUGGGAGCUGGAGCGAGACCGCUUCAAAUUUUCCGAUGGUGUCAUGUACAACCAGUUCCUGUCGCAGUCAGACUUUGAACUUCUGCGCAAUUAUGCCAAGGAUAUUGGAGUCCUUACAUGGGAGAUGGCUGAAAAACGUGUCAUUAUCGUCACGAAAGCCGGCCAUGACGAAGUCAAGAAAUUUUGGAAGCGACAAAGAGCAUCCUCAUCGUGA